CGCGAGCCCACUGGUGGUUGCAGUGUUAGAUCCGUCCGCAGCGAGGAGUGAAUCCCACGGCACGCGCCAUGUCCGACGAGUCGCCGCCGCCGCCAGCGCCGCCAGCGCAGGCGGACGAGAAGAGCCAGCCCGCCGAGCAGGCGGCAGGCAGCUGGGGCGGAUGGGGCCUCUCCAUCUUCUCAGAGAUCUCCCGCAGCGCGGUGGAGGUUGCUAAGAGUGCCAUCGCUGACAUUCAGCAACCGCCGGAGCAGGAGACAGGACCCGGUACCGGUAGUGGCGAGAAGGAUCAAGAGAAGGAACCGGAGGGGGAGGGGGAGGAGGAGGAGCGACGCAAGGCGGCUCUGGACAAGCUAGAGAAGGCCAGCGAGGACUCAAUCCUGGGCCAGGGGCUGAAGGCCUUUGAUAGCUCGGUGGAAACCAUCACCACUGGUACUUGGCAAGCUCUUGGGACCGCAUGGAAGAGUGGCUCGCUAUUUGUUCAAAAAUUGGAAAAUUCAGCUUCAAGCUUGGCUGAAACCAUUCAGCAAGGAGAACUGCCUGCCAAAGCAUCUGCGAUAGCGCCAACCAUUUUAGAGACAGGGAAGUCAUUUACAGCAAAAGGAAUGGAAGUGCUUGAACGUGUUGGAAAGGAAACAAUGGAUUUUAUUGUCGAAGAAACUGGUAUGGAAGUUGAUAAAGGUAAUAACGGUGAAGGUGACCAGCAGACUGAAGAGGAACAGUUUGAAGAAGCCUCAUUUGACAGAUGCUUCUAUAUUUAUGGAGGACCUGAUCAAUUAGAGGAGCUGGAAGCAUUAUCAAGCCACUAUGCAUUAUUGUUUAAUAGGAAAAAGGGAAAACUUAAUACUGAGCAGAAAACAUUAUAUGAUGGAAAGCUUAAAGAAAUACAACAGAUUUUUAGUCUUAGCACCAAUGUUGACGAAGAUGGACCAGAAUCUGACAAAGGGAAGAAGAUUGAAUCGGCUAACACUGAUGCUGAUGCUGAGAUGAAGAAGCUAUGUGAAUCCAGUGUUAGCAAGGCUGCUAAGAUGGCUGCAGGGUUCACCACUGCCUUGGGUGGGCUUUCUCCAAAUGAGAUUAUCAAACGAACCACUAAUAGGCUUGAGACCAUUCAUUCAGAGGGUGUUCAUAGAUUAUCAGAGAUGUGCUGCCUUGCAGUUUCUCAGCUUCUGGUGCUAGGAAAGUCAGUAAUAUCUUCUGCCAAUAAAUCAAAGAGUGAAGACGAUGAAAAUGAUGUUAAGAUUGAUUGGCCUGAAGAUCCCAUUUCAAAAGCUAAAAUAAUCAGAUGGAAGGUGCAAUCCAUCUCUGUGGAUAUGGAAAAGGUGUCUACUAGUUUUGCUACAGGUAUCUCGGAUGUUGCUGAAGCUUAUGCUGCAGCUAUGCAAAGUGCUCUCGCUGGCAAGCAGGAUGACCUCCCAAAUCAAAAGUCUUUGCAAGAGAAGGUUAAGUCCAUAUCCAUCCAUCUUAACUCCGAUCAGACCAGUGCUGUCAGCAAGCUACAAGAUGCUCUGCAGUACCUGGCCUACGUCGUCGUAUGCGCUUCAAUGCCAAGUGUGUAAUUGUGGUGUGUUUCCUGUGCUGAGCAUUGCCUCAAUUGUUAGUCAUUUAUGUACAUUUGCCUACGGGUUCCCUUCAGGGCUGCAGAAUUAGGGCCUCUAGCUAUCAUCGUACCACAUUAGGACGUGUUGGUUAGUUGUGAUGGUUGUACUCCAUUGCACUUGGAAAGUUGUUGCUCUCUCUGUUUUUCCUCUGAGAACAAUGAAUUACUGAUGUUUAAUAUACAUACAAGUGAACUGAUGUGUUCAGUUUACAGCUGAUGGCUUACUGCCCA